GUCGCAUUUGGUUGUGUGCAGUGAGUUGCUGUGUCACAAUAACGAGUAGUUCACUUUUACUUUCACUUUCUUUACUGUAUAUAAGGUGGCUGGUUUGAUGGAGAAGACACUGCAGCUAUUCCUCAGAGGUACGCAGCUCAAGGCUCACAGACACAAGAACCAUGAACCGGAACUCACUCAGCACUGACCAGGAGCUUCGCCCUGGAGAGUCUCUGAUGAGUCUGAAUGGAAAUUACAAAGCCAUCCUCCAGACUGAUGGUAACUUUGUGGUCUAUGGUUGGACCCCUCUCUGGGCUUCCGACACCUGGAACAAAGACUCCCACCGUCUGAUUAUGCAAAGUGAUGGUAACCUGGUCAUCUACAACAAAGAGUCCCAACCAAUCUGGGCCUCUGACACCUGCUCUAACGAAACCAGCCAAAAGAUGCGUCUUACUAUGCAGGAUGACGGCCGUUUGGUUUUGUCCAAGGACGGAAAUGAAAUAUGGGCUGCUGAAAAAAAAUAAUUAUGACCCAUGAUCAUGUUGUCCCAAAAAUCAUAAAUAAACUUAGGGUCUUGAUGUAAACACUCAUGGUUGCAAUAGUCGUUUGUUGUAAUACCAUAUUCUAUUCACUUGUCCUGUCAUAGGUGUAACUAAUAUUGAUCAUCUGUUGAUUUGAAGCAAACAACAAACUGGUCCAAAUCAGUGGUAUUCAAUUAAAA